AUCGUCAAAAUGGAGAACUCUACCAAAGAGGAUUAUAAAAUCCAGUCCUUUGACAAGGAGACACAAGAGCUACUGAAAAAGGCCCUUAAAGAUCCUGGGGCAGUGGACUUGGAAAAAGUGUGCAAAAUUAUUGUAGAUCAGUCGCUGAAGGAUCCAGUGUUCAGUAAAGAGGCUGGACGCAUGUGCUAUACGAUUGUCCAGGCUGAAGCCAAGCUGAACAAUGGCAGCAUGUUUCGCAGGAACCUCCUAAACCGUCUGCAGCAGGAGUUCAAAGAUCGCGAAGAGACACGCAAACGGUCCAUUCAGGAAUGGGUGUGCUAUGUUACCUUCAUCUGCAACAUCUUUGACUACCUUAAGGUAAACAACAUGCCAAUGAUGGCCCUGGUGCAUCCGGUGUAUGACUGUCUCUUCCAAUUGGCCCAGCCAGACUCUCUGAAGAACGAGGAGGAGGUGGAUUGCUUGGUGCUUCAGCUGCAUCGCAUUGGAGACCAGCUGGAGAAGAUGAACACACAGCGGAUGAACGAGCUGUUCUACCUGUUACGAGACGGCUUCCUGCUGCAGGAAGGCCUCAGCUCGAUGGGCAGACUGCUUCUCCUGGAGAUCCUGGAGUUCCGAGCAGGAGGAUGGACGCUCAGUGACACGGCACAAAAAUACUACUACAGCGAGGUGACUGACUAA